CUAAAAUCAUUCAUCGAUUCAAUUUCUUUUUCAAGUGACCACAACUACAAAGAGAAAGAAAAAAAAUCAGAAGCCACCAGAUUUGAUUGUUUUUGUUUUUGGUUUGUAAUCAUGUUUACAGUUCUACGCGUGGAUUUCAGUCACAAAAUCAAAGACGAUCCUAAACCAGAAGAAGCGGGCAUAAUUAUAGUCAAUGCAAUGAUCUACCGUGAAACUGAUACCUUGACUUUGACGACGUCGUCGUCUGCCGACGAACUCAUCAGCGAUGAUGGCAACGAGUGUCAAAUCAAAAUGGAUUUGAUUAAUAUCUUGAAGGUAGCAGGGCUCAGCGACUACGAUACUGCACAUAUGAUGUAUCACUUUAUUCCCCAUGUUGCUGAAAUAAUGUCUUCCCCAAGUGAAGGGUAUUCUCCAGGGUCUGCUUUAGAAGUGUCGUGGUGUCUUCUUCUUCUCGAUGUGAGUCAUAUUGAGGCAGCGGUUAAAGUCUCGUUAGAUUACGAAAUCAAACAGGAUCCUGAACCAAAAGAUUCCGGCGGCACAAUCAGAGUCAAUGCAGUGAUCAAGAAUGAAAAUGAUAUCUUGACUUUCACGACUUUGACGUUUGUCAACGAAUUCCUCAACCAAGAUUUUUGUCUCGUAGACUGGUGUAAUUUCAUGAAGGAAGCAGGGAUCAGCGACCAAAAUAUUCCAGUUGUGAUUUAUCAUAUUUUAUAUGUUAUUAAAAUAACUUCUUCUGCAAGUAAUGGGCAUUCUCCCGGGUGUGCUUUACAAGUGUCGUUGUAUCUUUUUCCUCACGACGAGACUGAUAUCGAAGAAGCAGUUCAAGUCUCGUUUGACGAGACCACUAAUUUCUGUUUGGGACCCGCAAGCAAACUCGUGGUCAAGUCCUUAACCAGGAAAAUAUAUGACAAGAUUAAUUAUACAGGCGAAAGAUGCACAAUUUGUUUGGAAGAGUUUAACGCUGGAGGAAUACUUGUGGCUUUACCUUGUGGACAUGACUUUGACGAUGAGUGUGCCGUAAAGUGGUUUGAGACCAAUCACUUUUGUCCAUUGUGUCGUUACGAGUUGCCACGCGAAGAAGAUCAAUGAUGAACUAGGUUUCUUAAAUAUAUGAUAGAACAAUUUACGAGAUUUUUCUAGUUUUUUUUUACAGAAUAUUGCGAGAUUUUCUGGUUUUUUUUAAUCCUUCUACAACAAAGGCUAGUGUUAACCGGCAACAUAUUCUUUAGAUAAUUUUUGUAAUCCUUAAUGCUUCGGACUAGAAAUUAACAAAGUUCGUUUUUUUGUU